AUGGGGGACCGGUGUGGCUGUGGGACGGCUGGACGGCCACAUGGACGGGACAGACCCCCACAGCCCCACCCUCUGCCCCCUCCAGGCCGCAAAUUCAUCAUCGCCAACGCACGGGUGGAGAACUGCGCCGUGAUUUACUGCAACGAUGGCUUCUGUGAGCUGUGCGGGUACACGCGAGCCGAGGUCAUGCAGAAGCCCUGCACCUGUGACUUCCUGCACGGGCCCCGCACGCAGCGCAGCGCGGCUGCACAGAUUGCCCAGGCACUGCUGGGCUCCGAGGAGCGCAAGGUCGAGAUCUGCUUCUACCGCAAGGACGGUGAGCGCUGCGCCGUGGGGGGGAGGUGGGGGGCGGUGCGGUUGCACCCCCUGCAUGUGGGGAUUGGGGUGCGGCACGUGUGGCCGCGCUCCCCCCCCGCAGACACCAACCACUGGGUCACCCCCGGCGCCUGGAUCCCGGCAGGCCGCAGCCGCUCCUUCCGCCUGAAGCUGCCGGCCCUGCUGGCUCUGUCGGGCAGCCGGCACGCCAGCGCCGGGACCGGAAUGCACCGCGGAGCCAGCACCGGGGCCAUGAACAACAUCCGCAGCACUCUGCUCAACUCCACGUCCGACUCCGACCUGGUGAGGUACCGAGCCAUCAGCAGGAUCCCGCAGAUCACCCUCAACUUUGUGGACUUCAAAGCUGAUGCCUUCCUGGGGGCCCCAUCCGGAGAGAAGGAGAUCAUCGCCCCCACCAAACUGAAGGACCGCACGCACAACGUCACUGAGAAGGUCACCCAGGUGCUGUCCCUGGGUGCCGACGUCCUCCCCGAGUACAAGCUGCAGGCGCCGCGCAUCCACAAAUGGACCAUCCUGCACUACAGCCCCUUCAAGGCGGUGUGGGACUGGCUCAUCCUGCUGCUGGUCAUCUACACCGCCAUCUUCACGCCCUACUCGGCCGCCUUCCUGCUCAACGACCAGGAGGAGGCCCAGCGGCACAACUGUGGCUACUCCUGCAGCCCCCUCAACGUGGUGGACCUCAUCGUGGACAUCAUGUUCAUCAUCGACAUCCUCAUCAACUUCCGCACCACCUACGUCAACUCCAACGAGGAGGUGGUGAGCCACCCCGCCAAGAUCGCCAUCCACUACUUCAAGGGCUGGUUCCUUAUCGACAUGGUGGCUGCCAUCCCCUUCGAUCUGCUCAUCUUUGGCUCCGGCUCUGAGGAGACCACCACACUGAUCGGGCUGCUGAAGACGGCGCGGCUGCUCCGCCUGGUGCGGGUGGCCCGCAAAUUGGACCGGUACUCUGAGUACGGGGCAGCCGUGCUCUUCCUGCUGAUGUGCACCUUCGCGCUGAUCGCGCACUGGCUGGCCUGCAUCUGGUACGCCAUCGGCAACGUGGAGGGGCAGCGCAUCGGCUGGCUGCACUCGCUGGGCGACCAAAUCGGCAAGCCUCUGAACGACAGCAACCCCCUGUACGGCCCCACCAUCAAGGACAAGUACGUCACGGCGCUCUACUUCACCUUCAGCAGCCUGACCAGCGUCGGCUUCGGCAACGUCUCGCCCAACACCAACUCGGAGAAGAUCUUCUCCAUCUGUGUCAUGCUCAUCGGCUCCCUGAUGUACGCCAGCAUCUUUGGGAACGUGUCGGCCAUCAUCCAGCGGCUGUACUCGGGCACGGCGCGCUACCACACGCAGAUGCUGCGCGUCCGCGAGUUCAUCCGCUUCCACCAGAUCCCCAACCCUCUGCGCCAGCGCCUGGAGGAGUAUUUCCAGCACGCCUGGUCCUACACCAACGGCAUCGACAUGAACGCGGUGCUGAAGGGCUUCCCCGAGUGCCUGCAGGCCGACAUCUGCCUGCACCUGAACCGCAGCCUGCUGCAGAACUGCAAGCCCUUCAAGGGAGCCACCAAGGGCUGCCUGCGUGCCCUGGCCAUGAAGUUCAAGACGACGCACGCUCCGCCCGGGGACACGCUGGUGCACGCCGGCGACGUGCUGACUGCGCUCUACUUCAUCUCGCGUGGCUCCAUCGAGAUCCUGCGUGGGGAUGUGGUGGUGGCCAUCCUGGGGAAGAACGACAUUUUUGGGGAGCCGCUGAACCUGUACGCACGGCCGGGGAAGUCCAACGCCGACGUGCGUGCACUCACCUACUGCGACCUGCACAAGAUCCACCGUGAGGACCUGCUGGAGGUGCUGGACAUGUACCCCGAGUUCUCCGACCACUUCUGGUCCAGCCUGGAGAUCACCUUCAACCUGCGUGAUACCAACAUGAUCCCCGGUUCCCCGGGCAGCGAUGAACUGGACAGCAGCUUCAACCGCCUGCGCAAACGCAAGCUCUCCUUCCGCCGCCGCACAGAGAAAGAUGCGGAGGCCGCCGGGGAGCCGCGCGGUGGGCAGAAGGCAGUGCGGCUGAGCAGGGGCUGCCAGGCACCGGGAGCCCCGCGGGGGCCAGCAGAAUGGGAGCCAUGCCACUGCAGCUCGCCCUCCAGCUCCCCAUCCAGCGAUGAGGAUGAGCACCCAGCACCCGCCCCGGGGGCUGCCGCUCUCUCACCCUUCCGCAGCCCCCGGCCCGGAGGUGAAGCCCCCACAGCCACCGACACUGAGGAGCGCGAGGGCAGUGAUAUGUGCAACCCCCUCUCAGGAGCCUUCUCGGGGGUCUCCAACAUCUUCAGCUUCUGGGGGGAGAGCCGGGGGAGGCAGUACCAGGAACUGCCCCGCUGCACCAUCCCUGCACACGCAGCCCUUGGGAUCCCAAUGCCCUCCAUGACUCGCCGGCAGCGCUCCGAGGUGGAGAUGCGCCUUGACCUCCUCCAGAAGCAGCUCAAUAGGUUGGAGACGCGGAUGGCGGCGGACAUCAGCUCCAUCAUGCAGCUGCUGCAGCGCCAGGCUGCUCUCGUGCCCCCUGCCUACAGCACGGUGUCAUCCCCUCAUCAGCCUCCUGGUCCCCCCCCGUGCCCGCUGCAGCCCAUCCUCCCCAUCACCCCCAUCCAGCCGCUCUCUCAGGUUCCCAGCUUCCCAGUGCCCCCAGAGCUGCGCGGCGCUGGGGGAUGA